AGGGCUGCCACAGUACUGAUCUUCUCCUCCUCUGGCACAUCACAUCAAGGUGAAAGAUGGGGGACGCUCAGAUGGCCGAGUUCGGGCCAGCAGCUUCUUUCCUGCGAAAAUCUGACAAGGAGCGUCUGGAGGCCCAGACUCGCCCCUUCGACAUGAAGAAGGAGUGCUUUGUGCCCGACACGGAGGAAGAGUACGUCAAGGCUACCAUCGCCAGCCGGGAUGGAGACAAAGUCACUGCUGACACUCAGAAGGGGAAGAGUGUGACAGUGAAGGAGGCUGACGUCCACCCCCAGAACCCGCCGAAGUUCGAUAAAAUCGAGGACAUGGCGAUGUUCACCUUCCUGCACGAGCCCGCUGUGCUGUUUAACCUCAAAGAGCGUUACGCAGCCUGGAUGAUCUACACCUACUCUGGGCUGUUCUGUGUCACUGUCAACCCCUACAAGUGGCUGCCAGUGUACAAUCAGGAGGUGGUCCUGGCCUACAGAGGAAAGAAGAGGAGUGAAGCUCCUCCUCAUAUCUUCUCCAUCUCUGACAAUGCCUAUCAGUACAUGCUGUCAGACAGAGAAAAUCAGUCCAUCCUCAUCACUGGAGAAUCUGGUGCUGGGAAGACUGUGAACACCAAGAGGGUCAUCCAGUACUUUGCCAGCAUCGCAGCUGGUGGAACAGGGAAGAAGGACGCAGCCUCUGAGAAGAAGGGUACCCUGGAGGAUCAAAUCAUCCAGGCCAACCCUGCCCUGGAGGCCUUUGGAAAUGCCAAGACCAUCAGAAAUGACAACUCCUCAAGAUUCGGCAAGUUCAUCCGAAUUCACUUUGCAGCCAGUGGAAAACUGGCUUCUGCUGACAUUGAGACCUAUCUCCUGGAAAAAUCACGUGUGACUUUCCAGCUUAAGGCUGAGAGAGACUAUCACAUCUUUUACCAGAUCUUGUCUCAGAAGAAGCCAGAGCUGCUGGAAAUGAUGCUCAUCACCAACAAUCCUUAUGACUACUCCUUCAUCUCCCAAGGAGAGACAACAGUAGCUUCUAUUGAUGAUGCUGAUGAGCUGAUGGCCACUGAUGAAGCCUUUGAUGUGCUGGGCUUCACUCAGGAAGAGAAGAACAGCAUUUACAAGCUGGUUGGAGCCAUCAUGCACUACGGCAACAUGAGGUUCAAGCAGAAACAGCGAGAGGAGCAAGCGGAGGCUGAUGGGACUGAGGAUGCUGACAAGUCAGCCUAUCUGAUGGGUCUGAACUCUGCUGACCUCAUCAAGGGUCUAUGUCAUCCAAGAGUCAAAGUCGGCAAUGAAUGGGUCACCAAGGGACAAAAUGUCCAACAGGUGUCUUAUUCAGUUGGCGCUCUGUCCAAGUCAGUGUAUGAGAAGAUGUUCCUCUGGAUGGUGGUGAGAAUCAACCAAUCCCUGGACACAAAGCAACCUCGACAAUACUUUAUUGGUGUUUUGGACAUCGCGGGAUUUGAGAUCUUUGAUUUCAACACCUUUGAGCAGCUGUGCAUCAACUUCACAAAUGAGAAGCUGCAGCAGUUCUUCAACCACCACAUGUUUGUGCUGGAACAAGAGGAGUAUAAGAAAGAGGGGAUUGAAUGGGAGUUUAUUGACUUUGGCAUGGACUUGCAGGCCUGCAUUGACCUCAUUGAAAAGCCCAUGGGUAUCAUGUCCAUCCUUGAAGAGGAGUGCAUGUUCCCCAAGGCCAGUGAUGCCACCUUCAAAGCCAAGCUAUAUGACCACCAUCUGGGGAAAUCACAGAACUUCCAGAAACCCAGGAUUGUCAAGGGGAAACCAGAGGCCCAUUUCUCCCUGGUUCACUAUGCUGGCACUGUCGACUAUAACAUUACAAACUGGCUUGUGAAGAACAAGGACCCCCUGAAUGAGACUGUCGUUGGGCUGUACCAGAAGUCGACAAUGAAGUUACUGUCCAUUCUCUUUGCCAAUUAUGCUAGUGCCGAUUCAGAACAAGCAGGCAAGAAGGGUGGAAAGAAGAAGGGAUCCUCCUUCCAGACUGUGUCUGCUCUUCACAGGGAAAAUCUGAAUAAGCUGAUGACCAACUUAAGAUCUACUCACCCUCACUUUGUGCGCUGCAUCAUCCCCAAUGAGACCAAGACUCCAGGGGCCAUGGAGAACCCUCUGGUCAUGCACCAGCUGCGCUGUAACGGCGUGCUGGAAGGCAUCAGGAUCUGCAGGAAGGGCUUCCCCAACAGGAUCCUGUACGGAGACUUCAAACAGAGAUAUCGGAUCCUGAACCCUGCUGCAAUCCCUGACGGACAGUUCAUUGACAGCAGGAAGGGAGCAGAAAAACUCCUGGGGUCUCUGGAGAUUGACCACAGCCAGUAUAGAUUUGGACACACUAAGGUGUUCUUCAAAGCUGGUCUGCUGGGCACAUUGGAGGAGAUGAGAGAUGAUCGUCUAGCUCUGAUCAUCACUGGAAUCCAGUCCAGGUCCCGUGGUGUUCUCUCAAGACUUGAGUUCCAGAAAAUUGUGGAGCGCAGGGAUGCCCUGCUUGUGAUCCAAUGGAAUGUGCGUGCCUUCAUGGGUGUGAAGAAUUGGCCCUGGAUGAAACUUUAUUUCAAGAUAAAGCCACUGUUGAGGUCUGCUGAAGCUGAAAAAGAGAUGGCCAACAUGAAGGAGGAGUUCCUGAAGCUCAAAGAGGCUUAUGCCAAAUCUGAGGCUCGCAGGAAGGAACUGGAAGAGAAGAUGGUCAGUCUUCUCCAAGAGAAAAAUGACCUGCAGCUCCAAGUCCAGGCUGAACAAGAUAACCUCUGUGAUGCUGAGGAACGGUGUGAAGGGCUGAUCAAGAAUAAGAUCCAGCUUGAGGCCAAAGCCAAAGAGCUGACCGAAAGACUGGAGGAUGAGGAGGAGAUGAACUCAGACCUGACUGCUAAGAAGAGGAAGCUUGAAGAUGAGUGCUCUGAGCUGAAGAAGGACAUCGAUGAUCUGGAGCUCACUCUGGCAAAAGUGGAGAAAGAGAAACAUGCCACUGAAAACAAGGUGAAGAACCUGACUGAGGAAAUGGCAGCUCUAGAUGAAAUCAUUGCCAAGCUGACCAAGGAGAAGAAGGCCCUUCAGGAGGCUCACCAGCAAACCCUGGAUGACCUGCAGAGUGAGGAGGACAAAGUGAACACCCUGACCAAGGCCAAGGCCAAACUGGAGCAGCAAGUUGACGAUCUAGAGGGAUCCCUGGAACAGGAGAAGAAGAUAAGAAUGGAUCUUGAGAGAGCCAAGAGGAAGCUGGAGGGAGACUUAAAGUUGACCCAGGAGAACCUAAUGGACCUGGAGAAUGAUAAGCAGCAGCUAGACGAGAAGCUGAAGAAAAAGGACUUUGAGAUCAACCAGCUCAAUGCCAAAAUAGAAGAUGAACAGGCCCUGGCAACUCAGCUCCAGAAGAAACUGAAGGAGUUGCAGGCCCGAAUUGAAGAGCUGGAGGAAGAGCUGGAGGCUGAAAGAGCAGCCCGUGCGAGGGUGGAGAAACAGAGGGCCGACUUGUCCAGAGAGCUGGAGGAGAUCAGCGAGAGGCUAGAGGAGGCUGGUGGGGCCACAUCUGCUCAGAUUGAGAUGAACAAGAAGAGGGAGGCAGAGUUCCAGAAGAUGCGCAGAGACCUGGAAGAGUCCACUCUGCAGCACGAGGCUACGGCUGCCACACUGAGGAAGAAACACGCCGACAGUGUGGCUGACCUUGGGGAGCAGAUCGACAACCUGCAGAGAGUGAAGCAGAAGCUGGAGAAGGAGAAGAGUGAACUCAGACUGGAGCUAGACGAUGUGGUCUCCAACAUGGAGCAGAUCCUCAAGGUCAAGGUAAACAUGGAGAAGAUGUGCAGAACUCUAGAAGAUCAGAUGACUGAGUACAGAACUAAAUUUGAGGAAGGCCAGCGCACCAUCAAUGACUUAAGUUUGCAGAGAGCAAAGCUACAAACUGAGAAUGGGGAGCUUGCCAGGCAGAUGGAGGAGAAAGACUCUCUGGUCUCUCAGUUGACUAGAGGCAAGCAGUCUUACACUCAGCAAACUGAAGAUCUCAAAAGACAGCUGGAAGAGGAAGUCAAGGCAAAGAAUGCACUGGCCCAUGCAGUUCAGUCUUCUCGCCACGACUGUGACCUGCUGAGGGAGCAGUAUGAGGAGGAACUGGAGGCUAAGGCUGAGCUGCAACGCAGUCUCUCCAAGGCCAACUCUGAGGUGGCUCAGUGGAGAACCAAGUAUGAGACUGAUGCCAUCCAGAGGACUGAGGAGCUGGAGGAAGCAAAGAAGAAACUGGCUCAGCGACUGCAGGAUGCAGAAGAGGCUGUGGAAGCUGUGAAUGCUAAAUGUUCCUCCCUGGAGAAGACCAAACACAGGCUGCAGAAUGAGAUCGAAGAUCUCAUGGUUGAUGUGGAGAGAUCUAAUGCAGCUGCUGCUGCUCUGGACAAGAAGCAAAGAAACUUUGAUAAGGUCCUAGCUGAGUGGAAGCAGAAAUAUGAAGAGUCUCAAAGUGAGUUGGAGAGCUCCCAGAAGGAGGCCAGAUCUCUCAGCACUGAGCUCUUCAAGUUGAAAAACUCCUACGAGGAGUCAUUAGAUCACCUGGAGACAAUGAAGAGGGAGAAUAAGAACCUUCAAGAGGAAAUUUCCGACCUCACUGAGCAACUUGGUGAGGGAGGAAAGAGUAUCCAUGAGCUGGAGAAAAUAAGGAAGCAGCUGGAACAAGAGAAGAGUGAGAUCCAAACUGCUCUGGAGGAAGCAGAGGCUUCCCUGGAACACGAGGAGGGUAAGAUCCUGAGAGCCCAGUUGGAGUUCAAUCAGGUGAAAGCUGACAUUGAACGCAAACUUGCUGAGAAGGAUGAGGAGAUGGAACAGGCCAAGAGAAACCAGCUAAGAGUGGUUGAGACCCUGCAAAGCUCCCUGGAGGCUGAGACUCGCAGCAGGAAUGAAGCCAUCAGGUUGAAGAAGAAGAUGGAAGGAGACCUCAAUGAGAUGGAGAUCCAGCUCAGUCAGGCCAACAGGCAGGCAGCUGAGGCCCAGAAGCAGCUCAAGGGUCUCCACUCUCAUCUGAAGGACGCUCAGCUGCAUUUGGAUGAAUCUCUCCGUGCCAAUGAUGACCUGAAGGAGAACAUUGCCAUUGUAGAGAGACGCAACAAUCUGCUACAGGCAGAGCUGGAUGAGCUGAGAGCCAUGGUGGAGCAGACUGAGAGAGGUCGUAAGCUGGCUGAGCAGGAACUGCUGGAUGUCAGCGAGAGAGUACAGCUUCUGCACUCCCAGAACACCAGCCUGCUGAACCAGAAGAAGAAGCUGGAGGGUGACACAGCCCAGCUUCAGACCGAGGUGGAGGAAGCAGUGCAGGAGUGCAGGAACGCUGAGGAAAAGGCCAAAAAGGCCAUUACUGACGCGGCCAUGAUGGCAGAGGAGCUGAAGAAGGAGCAGGACACCAGUGCUCACCUGGAGCGCAUGAAGAAGAACAUGGAUCAGACCAUCAAGGACCUGCAGCACCGCCUGGAUGAAGCCGAGCAAAUCGCCAUGAAGGGAGGCAAGAAGCAGGUCCAGAAGCUGGAAGCUCGCGUGAGAGAGCUGGAAGCUGAGGUGGAAAUGGAGCAGAAGAAGAGCAGUGAUUCUCUGAAGGGCGUCCGCAAAUAUGAGAGACGCAUCAAAGAGCUCACCUACCAGACCGAGGAGGACCGUAAGAAUUUGGCCCGUCUGCAGGACCUGGUGGACAAGCUCCAGCUGAAGGUCAAGUCCUACAAGAGAACUUCAGAAGAGGCUGAGGAACAGGCUAACAGUAAUCUGACCAAGUUCCGCAAGCUGCAGCACGAGCUGGACGAGGCAGAGGAACGAGCCGACAUCGCAGAGUCUCAGGUCAACAAGCUGCGUGCCAAGACCCGGGAUGUCGGCUCAAAGAAAGGACAUGAUGAAGAGUAAAGCUCUCAGAGGGACUUUCUGAAACCUCCUGACUUGAUGUGCUCCAGUUCUCAGUCUUCCCUUUUCCUGUAACCCUGUA